GUUGAGCUUGCAACUGGUAAAUUUCCAUAUCAAGACUGUAAAACAGAUUUUGAAGUUUUAAGUAAAGUUUUGCAAGAAGCUCCACCUAGGUUACCUCCUAACUUAGGAUUUUCAUUAGAUUUUUGUAGUUUUGUUCAAGUGUGCCUCACUAAAGAUUAUAGGAAACGACCCAAAUAUAAAGAUUUAUUGGAGCAUAAUUUUAUAAAAAGGUAUGAAAAAGCAAAUGUGGAUGUCGCUGCCUGGUUUGCGAGUGUGAUGGAAAAAGGUACACCACGAAAUUUCAGACUCAGGUAUAAAUGAAAUUAGAGUACUUGGGAAGUUGUUUAAAGUCACAGAUUAUGUUAUCUCCAUAUUGCCAAAUCUUGUCACUCAUCACACUAAGUAUUGAGUUCUUCCUUUGGCAAAAAAUGUUGUUGAGAAGUGUCAUCCUUACACCUUAGAAUUUCAGAUAUAGAUGAAAAGCAUUACUUGUUCUUGAAAGCUCUGAGAGUUGUUCAUUAAGCCUAAUGCGUUGAGUUUCAGAACAAUGAACUCUUUGUACAGGGCAGCUCACAGUAAACUAAGUGAUUUGAAGAACUGCAGCACAGCUUGGAAAAGUACACCUGGACAUGCGUGUAAAAAUAAAAUAACAAAUAAAUACUUUUCCUAGCAUAAUAAGGAAUGUUUGUUAUUUAAAAGUGCCAGUCUUAAGUGUCAUAUCAGCAAAUAUGUGAUAUGCUUCCUAAUUGGAUAGGUUUAAAAGUGCUUUGCCCUGUGUUUGUAUUAUGACAAGAAUAAUAGUGCUUAAUAUGCUAUUUUUUCAAUUGUUAUGUACAUAAAUUUUUUAAGACAUGUUUUUGUAUAUAUUGUGAGUAAAUUUAGAAAUGCAUUUUGAGCUAUGACUAAUCAGACAUUGGUUUUUAUGUUGUUUUAUGAAUUUGAAAGGUUAACAUUGUUAUUGUUUUUUCUUUUCCCUGUUUUAACAAAUAUACCAUGUAAAUUUAUUUUAUAAUAUUUUAAUAUGAAAGCUUGUUAUUUUAUUGUAAUGUGUACUGAAAAAUAAUUUUUGUUUCAUUUUGUGAGGUAGUCUCUUUUUUUUUAUUAUUUAUUAUUAUUAUUAUUAUUAUUUUUUUUUUUUAAUGCAUGAACGGUGAGGUUUUGUGUGCCAGUUAUCCAAUUAUAAGUGUUCCUUGUAUGUAUGUAUAAAUCAGGACUGUGCACAAAAACAAAGUUAGUGAAAGAUUUUCUUUAUUAAGAAGAAGUAAAUUUCAAACAUAAAUAUUGAACAUCUUUAUUUUUUCCCCUGUGUGUGUGAGUGUAUGCAUGCAUGUGUGAAUUUUCUUAUAUGCAUAUGGUGAGAAUACAUUUAAAUUAUUUUUAUUUUGAAAAGAAACAUGUAUUUUCCUUGUAUGACGAGAAGGAUAUUUUUUUAGUCAUUGGAUAGAUUUCUAGUUUUCCAUGUAUUUUCUCAUAAAUUAGACAUUUUUUUAUGCAAAUAAAUAAAUUCUAAAUAUUCAGGAGGAUUUAUUGUUACUUCCAAUUAAGAUUUGAAGUUUGAUCAUUUAUAUGAAAUUGUUUUUGUAGGUUUCUGCUUUUGUAAUUUUGUAUGUGUAAGAGAAACUACAAAAUACAUUUGAUGUUAAUUUUUUUGUUAAAGUUUUGACCAUUAGAUGUUUUCUUGCUGAAAAAUUGUAAUCAAAUGGCUGUUGUACUUUAACUUUUGCAGCAUUUAAUAUGCAUUUGCUUAAUUUGCAUGUUCUUAAUCUCUCCCUGUCAAAAUAAAAAUAGAUACAGAAAUUGUGUUUUAUUGCAAUCAAAAUGCUUGUUGUGUUUAUUUACCAUAUUAGUCUGAAUUUGAGCCACAGUAGAAAACUUUGAUCACAUUCAUGUUACACAUGGGAAAAAUGACUAAAUUGUGUGUAUAGCUAGCCUGUUUGUCAGGAUUUGAAGCAGGGUUGAAUUACCAGUAUUUAUUGACCUUUAUCAUUUAGGUACUGGCAAGGCAGACGUAAUAAAUGGUGUUCUAAAAAGUGCUUUAUGUCCUUUGUUCAGUCCCCUUGACUGUCAUUGGAAAUUAAUGUUAGAUUUAUAGUAUCUUCUUAAUCGCUUCCCUUUUGUUUUCAUAAUUUUUUCUCUUAACGAAGUUAAGCUGUAUUUAUUAAUUCUUUGCAUUCAAGUCCUUUUUCGCUUGGAUGAAUCCGUAACUCGGGACGAUUUUCCGCAUAUUUAGUGAAUGUCUUACAGCUAAUUUGCAAUGAUUUCACCCAUAAUUAAAAGAAAUAUAAGGUUCUUUUAUGUUUGAAGAUACUUGCGACUUUGUGCCUAUUAUGCUGGAUACAAAUGGUAUUCUUUGCAGUAUUUCUUCAAAUUCUGUGCACAUUUUGAAUUCUCUCUCUCCUACUGCAUCACUGUCCCUUUCAUUUUCACUAUUCUAUUACAAUAACUUUUCUCCUUCUUACACCUUUUACUUCAUUGCUAUCUUCAUCACUGCUUUCAUUUUCUCUAUCGUCAAGUGGUCUAUGCACAUACGUGAUUUCGUUCUUCAUUAAAGAAAAGUCGAAUUCAUUUUCACUUAAAGUGAUUUCCUCAUCAUAUUUAUCAUUGGGCUUUAACUUUGAAAAUAAUAUUCCUAUUGACACGACUGUCGAGUUCGAACUAACGUCGAAGACACAUGUAUAACAACAAAUCUUAAAAACCUAGUUAAGAUUAAAGAUUGUUGGUUAUUUUAUAUGCAUGUAUUAUUGAAUACAGUCAUGAAUCGAUAUUGCCCAAACCAAGCGUAAACGAAUAUCGUUACGGCUUGAAUUAUCACAUCAAACCAAGUGGUGGUCGAGAGUCACCUCUCGAGUUAUUGCACCAAAUCAAGUGGUGGCUGAGAGUCACCUCUCGAGUGCAAGGCUUAAAUGUUGAUAGGUAGAGAGCUUUUAUGCACUUUCUGUUUAUUACAUACUAUUUUGAUUUCUGUAUUGAAAUUUUGGUAGAUAAGUAUGGUAUUUAAGCAUUAUUAAAUGUGUGAAAACUGUUAUUCUAGUGAUGCCUUCUAGCUGCCAGCUUCCCCCCCUUUUUUGUGUGUGACAUCUCCUUGUCUUUCAGUAGAUCACUCAAUCUGUCUUCCUUUUUAAAAAAAUUUUAACCUUUACUAAGGAAAAUAUUUUUCAGCAAUAAAUGAAAUUUAUCGAAUCAAUAAAAACUUAAAUUGUUUAUAUUUCAUUUCCUGACUAUUUUCAGCAUAAUUUUCUUAGUAAAUUUAAUAUCUGAAUUGUCUUAGUUUUAUGAAUGCUUAGAUACUUAUAGAAUUUUUUAUUAAGAUUCAGCUAAUGUUUAAUACAUUCAUAUAUGUAUUUCAUUUAGUUUUACUUCAGUUUAGGCUAUAUUACUAAAUUUUUCCAGCCAACAAUAUGUUCAUUCAGGAUUAAUUUUAUUUUCAUCAUAUUUAAAAAUCGCGUGAUAAAUUAAAUCUUUUCGUCUGUGCUCAGAAUUUUCUUAGUGUAAAAGCGAAGAAAGUAUAUUACGUAUUAUCUAGUUGACCAUGUAACUAUCACCAAGCAGCACGAUUUAGCACCAGUUGUGGAUAAGCAUUACAUCACAAAACACACAUAGCAUCUAAUGCUUUCCUUUUUAACCCCAAGUGUUUCUCAGUAAAUCAUCUUCCAUUUUUCUGAACAAGGAUAAAAAUUAUUUGUUAAUUAUCUAUUCCUUGCAUUUUGAAGAAUUUGAUGGCUGUAGACUUACAUUUGUGACUGCACUUGGAUAUAUUUUUGGGCUGAUCAAGAGAAUUAUUAUUUUGAAGGGGGAAAGAACAGCUGGAUAUGCCCAAUUAAAUAAUAAUAAAUUGAAAUAGUCACUUUUAGAAAGUUUGAACUCUUAGUGUUCUAAGCAGAACUUCUGGUAAAAUUGGAGGGUCUAAAGAUAUAGUAAAAUUGACAGAAGUUUCUUUACAAAGCACAAAAACAAAGUGUGUCAUCUAGUUCCACCGCAGUUGCUAUAUGGUAGAUAGUGCAGAGAGAUUGGCAAAUGUUUUAUUGUAAGAGUUGCAGGUAAAAGUUUGGCUCGGAAUGCCACUGAAGUGACUGGUGCAAUUCUGAUGAGAUCUCUGCCAACUUUCACAGCUGAUGUGAUAAUGUGUAAAUAUCCAAGAAAAUUGCAAAAUGGAAUUAGUGGAAGUCCAUACAAUUAUGAAUAUCUAAUUAAAUAGUGAUAUAUUUUACAUCAGAAUCAUAUUAUGAAUAGUUGAAUGACUUGAAUCACACAUUAUAAAUUGAAUUUAAAUUAGUUUAGAGUUCUUUUGAAGUGGUGCCUCCACAUUGCCUCCCCCAAAAAAACACCUCUCAAAAAUUCUUGGUUUUUCAUAUUUAAAGAUUAACAAUUACAGUGUAUAAUAUAAGAAAAUCACUGCUAUUUCCCUACAUUCAAUAGCUUUCAAAUAGUUUGUGUGCAAAGAAUACUGCAAUAAGCCAUUAGCUUAUCCUUGAUAUCAGUUUAAAGAGAGAAAAAAAUAUUGUUGUUUCAUUGUAUAAUUGGUAGCAUUUGGAACUUCCUGUAAAAAUUUACAGGAUAAUCCAUUUGCACUAUUGUUAUUCAUGGUAGUGCUAAUGAUGUUUUGGAUAAAAUCCAGUCACUAAAAUAAAACUAUAAGCCAACUAAGAAUUCAAAAUCAGUAAGAAUUUUUCAUUAAAUAAAAUCAACAGUUCACAAAAAUUUUUAAUAUUUUACAAACAGCCUCUAAAUUAUAAAUUUCAUACAAAAGAAGAUUUGUUAAAUAUUUCCAACAUUCAUAUAACAAAUUAUUGCUGAAAAGAAAAAUUGGAAAAUAAGGUAACAUGCAUUAAAUAACUAUUAAAAAAAGUUCUUAUAUACAAGGGUUGGACAAAAAUAUGGAAACACCUUUAAAAAAACAUAUUUCUUUGCUUA